AUGGAGUUCUCGGCGUCUCCCGCGCCAAGAAAGCGUCGAAUCCCCGGCCUCCCUAACCCGGUGGUUGCAACCGCGCAGCAGAAAUGGCUUUUCACAGCGGAAGAACUCGAGCGCACGCCAUCGCGUAUUGAUGGCAUCACCCGCGAGAAGGAAGAUUACAUCAGGCACCGCGCAGUGGAAUUUAUUUGGCAGGUCAGCAUGAUGCUGAAGAUGCCACCACAGACCUCCAUGACCGCUACUGUCUUCAUGCACCGCUUUCUGAUGCGAUACUCGUUGAUCGGAAGUGACCCAGAUCCGGAGAAAGCUCGCGAUUUGAUGCAUCCUAAGGUGAUUGCGGCCGUGGCUCUGUUCGUCGCGUUCAAGGUGGACGAGACCAUGCGCCGUAUGAAAGACUUUGUCGUGGCAUGCUGCAGAGUCGCGAUGAAGAAGCCUGAUAUGGUGGUUGAUGAACAAUCCAAGGAAUAUUGGAGGUGGCGCGACCUCAUCCUCCAAAACGAGAGCAUCAUGCUAGAGUACAUGUGCUUCGAUCUGCAGCUUGAGUCACCAUAUAGAAUUCUGUGGGAUUACUCUCAGUUCUUAAAUGUCGGAGAUAAUCGACCGCUUCGCCAUGCAGCCUACGCCUUCCUCAACGACUCUACGUAUACUGUGCUCUGCUUGGAGUUCCAGCCUCGUGUUAUCUCUGCAGCGGCUCUUUAUGCUGCAGCUCGCUACUGCAAGGUCGCGUUCCCGGAUGAUUCUCAGGGGAGGCCAUGGUGGGAGCAAAUCGACGUCAAAGUCGAAGACCUAAUUCGCGCCUGCAAAAUGAUCGUCAAGAUCUAUGAGCGUGUCCAGAUGAACCUGAGCAAGAACUUCCCAGCUUUCUCGCUUUCUGACACAGAACCCAAUGAUCCAACACGCAUCUUCCACACAGAUCCUACUACCUGGAAGCCUGCAGAAACAGUAACGACCCCAUCUCUCAACACGCCAGGCUCUGAUUACGGCAUCUCCAACGGGCGAAAACGCUCUCGCGAGCCAGAAUCUCAAGCCUGUGAAAACAACCACCCCACUCCCUCAUCGCAUCCUCCCUCGACUCUAAACGGAGGUCGUUCUCCAAAGCGGCAACGAACCGUCUCACCCUCGACCGCGGGACCUUCGACACAGUCUCCCGCGCCUCGCCCUCGCAUCCCACUUCGUGCAAUGGAGUUGAAGCCCGAAGAUAGCGCCAGCCAGAGUCGCCGCGCACCAGCAUCACUUCCUCGGGAAGAAACCAGCGCCGAAGAAGGCGAAGUCUCUGAUAGCAAAUCACCCGAGGCGAAUGCUACUGAUGCUGCCAACCUACCCCAAGCAAGUGAUGACGGGGGAGGCAGCGAAGAGGGCGAGAUCUGA